CCUCAGUAGUCUGAGGGCCGCGGGGGAGCGGGAGCGGCGUGGGUGUGUUCGAGGGGCAUGGGAGGCUCCCCAGCGCUUAGAACACCUGAGCAACAGCCCUGACUGGAAAACAUUGGUUUGGUGACACAGCAGCGCGUCCUGUCCCACCUCAGGGCAGUGGAAACCGCGAGGGCUGUCAGUGUGUCUGCGUGACCCGGAGUUCCCGGCAGAGACGAGCCGCUUAUGAUGGGCUUUUUAAUAACUAUUAAUAUGCAUUAAGUCUGCAGCUUCCUCGUGAGGGAAGCGGAGGGACAGGCACUCUGGCGACGAGUGACAGGACCCGAGGGCAGGACAGAGGAGGUUUAAGGUUGGAUAUUAAAAAAAAAGAUUCUUUCCCCCGGAGGGUGGUUGGGAUCUGGAACAGCCUCCCGGAAAAGUGGUCACUGCACCGGCCUUCCAGAGCUCAAGAAGCGUUUGGACAAAGCUUUCCAGACACAGGGUGUGACUCUUGUGAUUUUCCUGUAAAGGGCCAGAAGUCAGACUCGAUGAUCCUUGAACAACAGAAAUGGCCAACCAAGAAGAAGCAGAAAUACAAAUUUCAGAGUUAGAUUUACUGUCUAGCAUGUUUCCUUAUGAGGAAGAGUUUGCUGUGACAGACCAAGUGGCUCUAGCUGAAUUGAAACACUAUGUUGAAAAUGAAUCUGCAGAGGUGCCAUCUUCAAAACUUCAAUUUAUACUGAACGUAAAGGCAGAGGUGCCUAAUGCCUCUAUGGUGGAAUUCUCUAUGGCCUGUGCUUUACCAUUUAAAUAUCCGACUGUUCUCCCAGAAAUUACUGUGAGGUCGUCAUUAUUAAGCCGCUCUCAGCAGAUUCUCCUUAACUCUGAUCUAAAAACGUAUUUGAUGCAAAACUUCAGUGGCGAGCCCUGCAUGUUGAGUGCGAGGGAAUGGGUUAAAGACCACGCAGCUGCUUACAUUGACAAAGAUCUUUCAUCCUCCUCAGUGACAGCCUCAGAAGCCACACAGUCAGAAGUCACCAUGUUCACUCGAUUGUGGAUCUAUAGUCAUCACAUUUACAACAAACAAAAAAGAAAGAAUAUCAUUGACUGGGCCAAGGAGCUCUCUCUGUCAGGGUUUUGCAUGCCAGGGAAACCAGGUGUUGUUUGUGUAGAAGGUUUACAAAGUAGUUGUGAAGAGUUCUGGUCAAGGGUAAGAAGAUUAACAUGGAAAAGAAUUCUUAUUCGGCACAGAGAAGAUGUUUCUUUGGAAGGUGGAGGACAUGCUGAGAUCCAGAAGCAACGGAAGUUCCCCACUUUGGAAGAAAAAUGUUUUGAUGCGCACGGUGCCAGGGGAAAUCAUAUGGACUUGGGGCAGCUAUAUCAUUUUUUAGAAGAAAAAGGAUGUGCUGACAUAUUUCAAAUGUACUUUGGGGUUGAAGGGCAUUGAAGGGGUUGAAGAUCAGUACAAGCCCCAGCACCUACAUUUCUAAUUUAAUCCUUGUAACAGAUUCCUUAGCUUUUCUGCAACAGUUGGUCACAGAGGGAAUUAAUAAUUCAUGAUUUAUGUGAUGAAUCUAGUUUUCAAUGAAAACAAAUAUCCAGAAUAAUGAAAAUGAUUAUAUGAAUGCUUUAUACACUUUCAGGUGUUAAGGAGAUGUAGGGUACAUACCUACUUAAAAUGAAAGAAAAUGUGUUUGAUAACCUACUGGACAGUUACAGAGCUAUAGAUGGAUGAACAGAUGGAAUAUGGUGAAUGAAUAUACAAAUAAGAAGAGACACAAAUACAGUGUGGGUAUCUCAGGAACAAAAACAUGAUGUUUACAUUAAUUGUUACUAUCUACAUUCACUUUAUGAAAACUUUUUUUAAACAGUCUUCUACUUUCUACCUGGAAGUAUAGUAAGCCAAGAGAUCAAUAUUUUAUUUAAAAAAGAACAAAGGGAGGGAGCAAGUUUACAAGAGUCUUACUCAUGCUACCACGGUGAGCUAGGUUGCCUACUCUAAGGCAUAAGAAUUUUCUGUAGGUAAAAGUGUUUGUGCAGAUAAGGUAGAUACCAUGGUGGCCCCACUACAUCUCUUGGUUUGGUUUGUGUAAAAGCAGCAGUAUACCAAGGAUUGGGCUCUCUUACAGCGUGCUCCAAAACUCUGAAACACUCCUCAGCCUUCUGAGUUCGCAAAUUUUCACUCCUGUAAUAUGAAGUGCAUGUUGCAUGUAUUUUUGAGUGGGAUUUCAACAAAGCUGUAUCAAUGAAUUCUAAUUUUGUAGAUACUGUAUCUAAAUGCCAUGGUAGAAAAACCAGGCAUUGGUUUAUUUGGAUUAAAUGUUUU